GCUCAUGUCCAUUACCAUGUUGAUGUCUGCCAUAUUAGCCCACCACGUUACACCCUGUUCUUUAUCGCCACCUCCGCCGAGGACAACUUGGAUUGUUUGUUUGUCUUCGGCUGCUCUAUGUAUUUCCAACUACCUGCUCCGCGAGGAAGAUUACUGCAUUUGAAUGCUGCGCUCGUUGUUCCAUUUUCAUGAUCAUCCCAGAAUCAUAUUGUGCUUGCUGCACCGUACAUGGCCAAACGUGAUGACGCGCGCAAUCUUCAUCGCUACUGCUGUCUGAUAAGCAGAAUAAAGUACCGUUUCUCGUCACCAGCCAAAGCCGAAACGCGUCUUGCUUUGCCGCUCCUGAAACUACGAACCAGCCUGGUUUCUACCUCGUUCACCGCCGGCCCUGAUUCUGGAAUAUUCACAGUCGACGAAAAUAUACCGGCGACUAACUACCUCGAGUCGCACAAAGCGAAACCAGUUCAAUAAACGCACCACCGAGCGAUCCCGCAGACAGCAAAUUCAAUAUGGAAGACGAGGUCGAGUUUCUGUCUGGGUCCACCAUCUGGGUUGCGGAUGCGGACCUGGUUUGGGCGCCUGCCGUGGUGCUCAAACCCCACCGGCCCGGGGAUCACUUCUUGCAUGUAAGCACAGCGCUACUGGAAUUAUUCCUAGAUGAUUUGAUGGACGCGUCUCGUCUAAUAUCACCCUUGAUACAGAAGUACUACAUGUUGUCACUCUAUUCAUCCGCAAUUAUGCAACAAGAAUUUUUAAGGAAUGCAGCAUUUUCUUCACAUGUCCUUUAUUCUUAGGUGCAGCUCGCCAACACGGGCCAAUAUCAGCAGCACAGCCCUUACCAGAAGUCCUCCGCUCCAUCGAGCACGUCCAGAUUGGUCGACCUGCGCAAAGAGGAGGUUUUUCUGCGGAAUGAGCAAAGUCACGAGGUGCACACCAGUGCCAGCUCUUCUUCGAGUACAGUGGUACAGCCGCCGCACCAAUCGAGCCCGGCACCGCACCACAGCCCAGCCGCGGCUGCUGGACCAGCGGGUAGUAUUGUAAAGGAAAAAAUGCUCGUACCCACGUACAGCGCAAAGCGGAGCGGGCUGGGCAUCAAAGUUCGGGGGCAAAAACGCACUAUCACCGACAUUCGUGUCGCCGCCGCAGCGCUGUCCCCGAGCGUGUCGUCGCCGUCGACUGGAGCUUCGCCACCAGCCUCGGGAGGAACUGGUACUGAGACUAGUGUGUGGCUCCACGACUUUCAACAUCUUUUACUACAUGCAAGCAUAUGAGAUCUGGUUACAGUGGGUGCUGUGUGCUUGCAGAUCUUGAUCUUGUUGGCUACAGAUUGCUGUAAUAAACAUCAACUUUUGAUGCCGAUAAGAUCUUCAUGUAGGUCUCUGUCCUUCGCCCACGCCCGGAAAGAGCAAGAUCCACAAGUUGAGCACCUACCACGGAACGCCCUCUCCGCCCCCACUUCUCCAGAACAACAGCAUCUCAGGCAAACUGAACACGCGCGCAACGCCCAACAGCAUCACGAGAAAGUCUCCAACCAUGAUGAAGACCCCGCAAAGACGCUCGGUGACUGGCGGUGGGAGCUCAGGGUCCUCUUCGCGGGUGCUAUCGUCGUCCGGGACAACUGGUAUCUCAUCUGCCGCCGCUGCUGCUGCCGCCCGGAAUAAGGAAAACACGCCGACAAGAUCCCCUGGCCUGAACAAUGCGAACGCGAUAGUACCACCACCUCCACCCUCUUCGCUGCAGAAACACCACAAAACCUCGCCCUCCUGGGCCGCAGCUGCGGCAGCAACGCGGAAACGAAAUCAAGAGCUGUACGGUGGUAAUCAUGUGUUGAAACAGACAAACGGAAACGCGCCAGUCUCCAAGGGAGGUGCGGGUUCUCUUACUGAGCCGCACGACGCCGCAUCGCCAAUAGCGCACCAGCAGCACUCUGUAGUGUUGACUACAACCAAAAGCGGCAGUACGCCGAAUAGUAGAACAAGCAGACGCAAAAAUCCAAAGCAGGAGUGGGACGACGACUUGUGUCAUUUGAUUUGCCUCCACGAGCCAGCCAUUCUCCACUCUCUGCAAGAAAGAUUUUACCGCGACACGAUUUACACCGCAACGGGGCCGAUUUUGAUCGCCGUGAAUCCGUUCAAGGUAGUACUAGUGCGCUUUCGCUUUAGUUCUAGCAACCGAGGUCAGACACGACCAAGUUUGCAAUGAAUGUUCCCCACGCGUUUGUUCUUUUCCUUCUGAUGUAAGCAUGAAGUGGUCUUUUGUUUUUCUAUAAAUGCAAAACAAAAAUCAGACGCUGCACGGACUUUACGAGCUCUCUUCCUGGGAAGACCAUGGCAGAAGGCCGCACGUGUUCACCACUGCCAACGUGGCCUACGAGCAGCUCUGUCAAACGGAAAAGUCGCAGACGAUCUUGAUCUCUGGCGAGUCCGGCGCGGGCAAGACUGAAUCAACGAAAUUUGUGAUGCGGUUCCUCGCCGAGAAAGGCCACCACGUGCAGCAAGAUGGGAAAAAAGACAACACGCCAUCAUCUACAACUCUCUGCAAGAAGAUGAAUGAGAACGACGUGGAGCGAGCAGUCCUGCAGUCGAACCCGUUGCUGGAGGCUUUUGGGAACGCGAAAACGUUGAGGAACCACAACAGCUCGCGGUUUGGGAAGUUUAUCGAACUGCAAUUUGAAGAUGUCGAUGUUUCAGUCGCUGAGGAAGCAGGUGGUGGUGUUCCUCCCACGAAGAAAGGGGCUCAAAAAACGCUCGUCGGCGCCCGCAUUCAAACCUAUCUCCUCGAGAAGAUCCGUGUGACGGAUCAGCAGGACGGCGAGCGCAGCUUUCACAUCUUCUACCAACUUCGCGCCGCUGCGGCUGCUGCAGCGAAAACGAUUGCAGUAGAGACGGCUAAGAACGGGCGAAAUGACAUCGAGUCUGAAAUAGCUAUAGCCGCGGAAAAUCAAGAAAAGGACGUGGCCUUGUUCACCAGCAUAAUUGAGCAAACUGAUGCGGACCCGAGCCAAGAACCAAAAUCCAAAUCGGCCUCAACGGUAGAAGAACCUUCAGGUACCUGCUCCGGUCUUGCGGGUGGUCGUGAACCAAACGAUAAACAACCAGAGGAUGCGCAUCCUGACCCCGAGUCGUGCACAACUUCCGCGGCAGAAGCGACUGCUAGGACGUCAACGAGUGAUGAAGUUGAAAAAGCGGCGCCAGAACUUCCAGCGGCAACAGCGGCGAGUACGGGCGGCACAGAAGCGGCGAAUGCACAAGACCAAGACGCCCAAAUAACAGCAAUCGUUACAAACCCAAGUUCUCCCUCGCAUACCAUGGUCGUAAACGGUGUGCAGGUCGGUACCAGCGCGGCCACAUCGUCGACUGCGCCAUUUGUUUUGCCAAAUUGUCACCAGGACAACAAGGAAUCGACUCAACAAACGCAGACUGCACCGGCCUGCGGUGCUAGUUCCAACAACUCCAACACACCGUCCUGGCUCGAUCUCAGUUUGUUUUGUCCGGCCGCGUAUGGCUUUGGCAGAACAGCUCCGUCCGGCAGCUCUGAGAGUGCAGCGGGAUCGGGACCUGCUGCGAUAACCACUUCCACCACGUCGACAUCUUCCCCCCCUUCUUCCGACGCAGAAGGGUUUGCGGAGACCGUUGCCGCAAUGGCCGCCGUUGGAAUGGACGACAGUGCUAGGAACAAAACGAUGUUUGAAAUUCUCGCCGCCGUCAUGCACCUGUCCCGCCUGGAAUUUGAGGUGAUAUCGAAGCCGGGGGGAGGGGUAAAUACUGUUUCAGGUGGUGGUGCUACUGCGUCUUCAUCUUCUCCGCCGGAAAAGGCUGGAAAGCCCCGGAGAUCCUCCACUUCCUCCACGUCGCGUCCAGGAUCAGGAAGCAAAGCGGCUCUUGCAGGAGCGGAAGCAAGUGUAGAUGUCGAAAACAACUCCCAGCACACGACCUCCGAUCAACAACCAACGGCCCGGUCUUCGCAACACGAGAUCGACUUGGUUCGAAUCAAAGAACAAUGCCAGCCGGAAUUGCAGCUCAUCCAGAAGCUGCUCGGUGUGGAUAACCUCGAGGAGGUGUUGUGUCACAAAUCCAUCGAGUGCCGAGGGGAGUUGGUGAAGAGCCACUUGAGACUCGCCCAGGUUCGCGACAACCGGGACGCGAUUGCGAGGCACUUGUACGGGCUAAUUUUCAAUGAUCUGGUGUCGCAGGCGAAUCGCAAAUGCGCUGCGGUGGGGGCGGGGAGUGGAGAUUUUCGAAAUGGUGACGACAUCAACUUUUCGUCCGCCAGGAGCAGCGUACAAGCGAAGCAGCGAGAGUUAUUGCAGCACGACAGCAGCAGCCUGCGUCACAACUACAACAACAGCAGUACUUCUGGCGGAGGUAGGAACAAGCACUAUCCUUUCUGCGGCGUGCUUGACAUUUUUGGGUUCGAGUGUUUCCGGAGAAACAGCUUCGAGCAGCUAUGGAUGUGUCAGGAUUGAAAUCGACAAAGUUGAAAUAACUUGUCAUGCAUGAAAUGGAUGAAAGUUGUAACCCAGUUUCCAAGUGGCGCAUGACAAAUUUGGGUAGAGCCGAAAUCCAGUUUGUCAUGCUGUUUGGGUAAGGCAGACGCCUUUUGUCAUGCUACUUCAGCAGCUCAGUUUCUACCCCUCAACAGGCUUACAAUCUGCCUCCCUUUCCUACUCAGCAAGACACGCACUUUGUGGCUUGCAUUUUAUGCAUCACAAACUAUUUCAACUUUGACGAUUUCAAUCCUGACACUCCCAUAGCAGCUUUGUAUCAAUUAUGCGAACGAGCGGCUUCAGGUAUCCUGUGCAAAAGUAUCGUACUCGUAUAAAUGCACUACAAAUUUUCUCAGCAAUUUGUAAUGCGCAUUUACCUAACGAAAAAGAUUUGUAAUGCAUGACUGCAAUUACUACGAGCGCGAUACCUUUGCAGUUCAUAUCAGCAGUUUUUCAACAACUUCGUUUUUUUACUCGAAGAAACGCUCUACCGAAAGGAAAACGUGGUCUGGCAUCCGCUGAACUUCCCGGAUAACAGUCUCUCGGUCGAACUGUUGCAGGAGAAGCACACCGGGAUCUUGUCCGUCCUCGACGAAGAAUGCAUCAUCGUGGCCGGCACCGACCAGGCGUUCGUGAACAAACUCGUGAAGCUGCACAACAUAUCAAAAGGAAAAAUCCCCCCUCCCCAUAUCGAAAACGACAUUUGUGAUGCUGUAUUUGAGUACACAAGUCGACUUGUAAUGCCAGAAAGCCAAGAGCCGCAGUUGUGGCCUCGUUUGUAGGCAAUUUGUCAUGCUGUUUCCCACUUCCAGUUGCUCUCUGUCAUGCUGAAGGCGCAAGGCUUUCCCACGCCAGCCAGCACUACACUCGGCACGUCUUUCGUUCUAGCAUGACAGAGCUGAUUUGUGACCACAAAUCUGCAUCACAAUUUUCCGUUUUGAUAUGGGGAGGGGGGAUUUUCCUUCUUGAUACAACAACAAAAACGAGAAAUUCGAAGCGGUGAAACUCGACCGAGCGGCCUUCCAGGUGAAGCACUUUGCGGGCAGUGUGAAAUACCACUCGGACAAAUUUCUGGACAAGAACAAAGAUCAAUUAUCCGCCGAUGUCCUGGCCAGCAUGAAAACGAGCAAAAACGACUACUUAUCCCAGCUGUUCAAAGCCGAUCCGAAAUACCAAGAGCACAUCCCCGGGCGGAAGCGGAAAACGAGGACGAUCGGGGCGGAGUUUCAGAGCCAGCUGCAGCAACUGUUAGAAAAAAUUGAGACCACCGAUCCACACUUCAUUCGGUGUAUCAAAAGCAACCCGGGCAACAGGCCCGGCUUGUUUGACCGAAAAUUGGUAACGGAGCAACUGCGGUACAGCGGGGUCAUUCAAGUCGUGCAGAUCUCUCGGAGCGGUUACCCGGUAAGGAUUUUACAUCGCGACUUGUGGGCGGACUACCGGUGCGUGGUGCCCUUUCUCCAGAGAAAUCCGGAGCUGUUGGCGGCGCCGGGAGUGGUCGCGAAGAGGAGUUGUACUAGCAACGGGGCGACUGUUAUGAACUGCAAAAGCAUCGUACUAGUAUGAAUUGCAUUACAAAUUUCCUCAGCGUGAGAAAUGGGAUAUGUAAUGCUGAUUGACCUUAGGAAAAAGUAACGCAUGUACAGCAAUUACUACGAGUGCGAUACUUUUGCACAGAAUAACUGUUCACCAAGGGCAGUUGCUGCGGAAGAUGACAACGAGACUGCUUGAGUAAACUGUUCUUGAUCGUAGUUGUCGUGUCUUGGUCCAUAGUCAAUUUUUCAAGUCUAAUCAGCACUACCAUCUACGAGCGUGCAGCCAAAGCCCUUCUAACUUCAAAAUCAAAAUUUGGUUGCUUGUUCACAUGCAAACUGUACAACUCUCCACAUUUCAGGCUGAUGAGCGCUUCCUGCAAGAUUCCUUUCAAGGAUCCGCUCCACCCGCAGACCGCGAGUUUCCAGAUCGGCAAGACGCUCGUUUUUUUCAAGAAGGCUGCCUUCGCGAAACUGCACCAAGCCCGACUGGCCCGCCGGUCCACCGCCGCAACACAAGUGCAGGCCUUUUUCCGCAUGGCAGUGGUGAAACUCCGCUUUUUGCGGACGAAGUGGAAGUUGGUGCGCAUCCAAGCGGUGUUUCGCGGUUUCGCAGCACGAAGGAGGUACGCGAUUGCCCUGAAGCGGUACCGGGCGGCCAGGACGAUUCAAGCAAUUGUUCGGAUGACGAUCGUGCGCGGGGCCUACCUGUACUUGAUCAAAAAGUCCGCACCGCUAAUCCAGCGGUGCGUCCGGGGGAUGCUGGCGCGAAAUCGAGCGAGAAAGUUGUGGAAGGAGAAGUACAGAAAACCCAUUCUAGCCGCGACUGGUUCGUCUUCCACUUCAUCUGGCGCUCAUCAAAAGCAAUUCCAUCGCAGCACGACACUUACCACCACUCCCUUCCGGGCCUCGCACUCCAUUCUGCGAGCCAAAGUGUCACUGCGCCCGUCGGCAAUGGUCAGCUCCAGCAUAGCCGGAUUUCGUGCCUCCGCACCGUAUUGGCUAUAUUUCCAUUUCGUCCAUGAGCGAUAUAGUUUCUUCCAUAUGUUUGAAAUUGAACAAGUCUGCACGAUUUUAAUGAAUCGGGGCAAGCAGAAGUUAGUUGUAUCAAUCUCGAAAAACUUCACAGCCCUGGAACAAACACCAGUUCCCCUGCCGAGCCCAUGAUUCGUGCGGGCCAGCGCGCGGUGCGCGAAAUGCGAACCUCAGUCGAAACCAUCUUGUCCGAGCAGAUGGCUCAAACCAGCACUACGCCCGUCAUGGGAAGCAGCAGCACGGGUCCUCUCGUGAACCGGAGCUCGCCGAAGCCGAGGGCGUUGUCCAUAACACGGAGGUAAAGGAGUGCGAUUUUGUGGGGUCGUGUAGUUUGAGUUUCCUGUCGCAUGAAAGUCAACUGUUGCCGUCUUGCAUGAUGAACGCAGCCAUGCUAAUGAUUGAAAGAAUUGCACAAAAAAAACCUUAGCUUCGUCCCGCAUCCUGCUCGAGGAGGCGCUGCUCGAGUCAGCGCCGGACCCCCGCCACAGUCUACCUCCUCCUCGAGUACCGCUGUGGUUGUCGAGUCUCCCUUCACGAUGGCUCGCAACGCGCGGAGGUGUACAACUACGACUCCCACCGGCGCGACGCGGCCUCUUCAAAACGGCCUCGUACCACUUCCGAGAACUCCCGGGGUAGGGGGAGGUGCAGCUGUAGUGAAAAUUGGGGGAAGUAGUGGCACUUGCACUUCUGCGAGCGGCGUUGUUGUACAACCAGGAGGUGUUUCUACUUCUAGCGCUGCUGGGACGGCCCACGGAAACGGAAUCGCUGUUCAAAAUACAGGCGUAUACCAGAACAAUGGAACAACCACGACAACGACACAGCUCCUCACUCCGAGUAAAAUCACGAUGGUGAACGCCGGCACCACAACCGCAGCAGCUUCUGUUGCAACUAUUUCUGCGGAAGGUACUGACAAGCUGUCCGCGCGCGGCGAUCCCAGAGGACAACUGCCCUCAAGUCGCCAAGAACUUUUACACAGUGACCAUACCACGACGACCUUGGCUGCAAACUCUUCCUCAAAAAACCUCGCAAAUACCGUAACACUCCAGUCCCCCGAGGUCGGUUACCGCCCACUGCAAAGUGCGAGCAUGGUAUCUCUGGGUCCAGCCACGCAGGGUGCAGCUGGCAGGGUGAGUGCAUCCGGAGGCGAUACUAGUAGCACCACGACUGGCUUUAAUAUUGCGGGGGCAGCUGCUCCGACGAGCAGCGCUACCGCUGCAAAUGCUGGGACCACGACGGGCUUUGGAGUAACAACUCGCAUGCAGGCCAGAAAUAACUUUUUCAACCCUCUUUCCCGUGGUUCGGGUGUUCAGCGAGCCGGGCGGGUACAACUGCCCAAGUGUUCCACAAGCCAGCCCCAGGUGGUGGUCAGCACGACUGAGGAGGGAAGUGAAGGAAGGAAGUGAAAGACCACGCGAAGGACACUGCAGGCAAACUGAAACUGCGGACAAAAACAAAACGCAUGUCAUCUACAACUAGCGACAACCCUUUAUUUGUGUACCAAAUACUUUCUCACCUUCUCGUUCUUGUUGCAGCCCCUUCUUUUUGUUCGUCCUCCUACUACCGGGACAUACAGGCCGUCUACACGACUAUCCGUGGCACCGGUACCACUUCUGUUUUCCUCGCUUCCUUCUGAGCGCCUUCUACACUAGUGUCUACUUCUAUCUCUUCACGUCCUCUGUCUGCAAAGCUCGAUAGGAUCAUGAAGUGUUGGUGAUGCUGAUGACUCAAACUUGUGCAAGACUCCUCAGCAAAAAAAGCAUUUUUUGACGUAACCAGUAGUACAAAAUAUUAUAUUGUCA